AUGAGCGACCCGCGGACCGAUCACGGCCAAAAGCUGGGCAACGGCAGCGCGCCGGUCCGUCGUCCCGAUCACUCCCCGGUUCGCGCGCGCUCGCCGUCGCCGUCGCGCGCCGCUGCCCUCGACAACGAGGUCGCCUGCCCGUACCUGCGCGCGCUGAUCAAGCGGCAGACGCGCGAGCUGUCCUGCCGCGGCGUCCUCGUUUGUCCCCUGCGACCGUACUUCUUCUUUUUCUUUGCGUCCGCCGCGAGGUCCGCGGCGGGCGUCGGCACGAAACAGAAGCGGUCCACGAAGGCCCAGGGUGCCAGCGUGUCGAGCGCACCCCGGAGCUUGAGGCCCGCGGCGAACGCUAUCGACGCGACAUCGCGCCUGCUCGACAUCUCACCGGUCGCUGACAACGCAGGCCGCGGAUCGUCGACGAGCUCGAGUCGAGGGGCCGGAAGGUCACGCACUGGGCGUGGUGGGCGUUCCCGACGGAUUUAUGCGGCGCGUCGGAGCCGCCGCCCGAGACGAAGGUGUCGUCGCCGGCCGCGGCGGCCGAGCUGCUCGCGCGCGGGCCGGUCGACCGCUGGCGGCGCGUCCUCGAGCUCGUCUGCGACCUGUCGGAGCGGCGCGGCGAGCUCGUGCGUGCCCGCGUCCUUGGGUCCUUGUCGCGUCUCUGAGCUAUCGACGCAGGUGUGCCCCGGCAUCGACCACGGCCGCAUCGCCUUCUUCGUGGCGUUCUGGGAGCGGCGAGGCUCCGGCGUCCUCUGUCUGCUCGAUGGUGACGCCUCACCGGUCGCGUCGCGCGCAGGCUCGACUGCACGCCGGACUGGCUCCGCGCCCUGCUGAGGCGGCUCGAGGCGCUCCUCACGCCCCGCGCCCUGGCCCAGCUCGACAAGGCGCGGAAGCCGCCGCCGCGGCGCGCGCAGCGCUCGAUCUGGGACGGCGGCUUCGCCGUGAAGAAGAAGACCGCCAACGGCGGCGUCCGGAGGCUGGGCAACGGGCGGUCCGGCGCCGCGCCCGCCGUCGCGCGGCCGCCGGUGGCCCGGCGGACCUUCACCGAGACCGGCGACGCGCCCGCCGCCGUCGCGCGGGCGCCGGCGCCGCGACGGACCUUCACCGAGACCGGCGACGACCUCGCGUUCUUCCUCGAGGCGGGCCGGCAGCGCGAGGCGCGGGCGGCGCGGUCCUCAUCGUAGUUUCGUUCGCGUUUCAACAAGUUCGUCGUGUGCUUUUAAUGGAAUACUUUCUUGCUUUCCCCAAGCCUGACUCGGAGUAAAAAAACAAAUACCGGC